CUGAACUGGUCGUGCAGCACGGACUUUGACGCGAUGUGCCACCCGGGGGCCAGCAAGCUGCAGGCUCUGCAGAUGCUGGUGCGUUGCGGCAUGGCGGAGCUGCAGCCGCACGUGGACCGCCUGCUCACCCAGAGCGUGGCCUCGGCGCUGGGCCAGGCCACCAGCCUGUCUGUGGUGCUGCUGGUGGCGCUGGAGGAGAGCCAGAUGACCAGCGUCCAGGUGACGGAGAACAUCCGGCUCAGCGUGCUGAAGUCAGUGCAGCGCUACAUGGAGAAGGAGAGCAACUUCGACAACAAGAGGAUUCUGCUCCAGUGUUUCGGGAAAGUGCUGACAAACCUGAUGCAACAAGGAAGAGUCGUGACCAGUGACACCUUCUCCCUCAUCAAGGAGUAUUUCCACAUCCCUCUGGACAAACUGCAGACAGUCCUCAGUGCUGUCGACACCACCACCAUCCGGCUAAUCCUGGAGUACUUCAGCAGGAACCGGGCCACGCUACACCUGUCGGAAGAGUACCUGCAGACCAUGGUGUCUGUGUUUUUCCACACACACCUGGCCCAGGAUGCCAGCCUCUUCAGAGAACUGAGCCCUCUCAUCGCCAUGGCCUCCCCCGCAGACAUCCAGGCCCUGCCCGCCCUGCACAGCAACCCUUACAUUCUGCCGACCAUAAACUCCCUGGUCCCGUCUCUGACUGCGGAGCGGCGGUAUGCACUGGGCAGGUGGUUUGCCUGCAGCAUGAGCUCGGCCAAUCUGACAGCCGGUGGCCUCUCCCUCAUCAGGGACACGGGCAACCUGAUAGCCUACCUGCCCUUCCAUCGCUUCCAGCACCUCUCACCUGCUCAGCUGUUGGAUGGCCUGGAUGUGUUGUUGCAGAACACACUCACUCCUCUUCAGCAGUAUUUCAUGGCUCAGACUCUGACAGGAACAUUCCGGAACCUGACGGCAGACCAGUUCAGGAGGUUGGGGAAUGUGACGUGUCUGGCCAACCCCACAGGCCUGCUGCAGUAUGCCCACACCGAGGCCUUCAUGGCCAUCCAGCAGAGUGUGAGGGAGUGUGUGGCACAGGGGUACAGAGUACCCAGCAGCAUGGUGUCCAGUGUGGUGCUGGCGUCGUCUGACCUGAGUUCCCCGUCCUCCCUCAGUGCAGAAAGCCUGGUGGAACUCUCUCACUUCCUGCCCCAGCUUGGAACAGACUUCCUGUCCAAACUCAGCCAAUCAAAGCUCAACUUUGCCUUACCCUCCCUCGCAUCCGUCGCUUUCUCACCUGCACAGGCCGGGGUGAUUGUGGACAAGCUGUCGGCUGCUGUUAGCCUGGUGGAGCCAGGGCGUCUGUCGUCCCUGGGCUCCCUGGUGAGUGGGGUUCGGGUGGAGACGCUUUGGGGGAUCACGUCAGAUAGCCUCCUGUCUGCUCUGCCCAACAUCAGCCUCCACCAGCCUGGCCUCACACCCCCACAGGCCAAUGCCAUCACCACCAAACUAUGGGGCUUUCCUGAGGUGACUGGCUGGCUGGGUAAGCUGGAGCCUCUACUCUCCAGCACACCUCUACUGAGCGUGCUCCCACGCACCCCCCGCCUCGUCCCCACCGCGGCCUCACGCACACAGCCCUGGACCACACAGCAGGCCAUCGCUCUGUUUGAGGAGGCUCACAAACAGAAGUCUGCCAUGACUGUACAGGACCUCCUGGCGUUGGGUACCAUAGCCCCAGGCGUGAGCUGUAGGGCGCUGAAGCGAAUGUUCCAGGUCACCCCCUCGCUGGACACCAUGAGAGACGUCCUGGUCUUCCUGCGGACGCAGCCUGUGCCCCUGCACACCUCACUGAAAAAGUGCAUCAUUGAGGAGCUGUACCAGCUGGACUUCUUCUCUGAGUUGUUAGGAGAGCUGGGAGCCCAGAUUGCGCUGUCUCUUCCAGUGAGCACUAUUAAAAAGUUCCCUCCGGACAUGAUGGAGGCUCUAAGGCGGAUGGUGCUGCAGGAAUCGCAGGUCUUCAUGCUGCUGCCCACCACCAAGAAGCUGCUGCUGGUCGACAAAAUGCUGCAGAGACUGAAUAUGUACACAGGUAUUUACACAGAGGAGGAGUUUCGUGGCAUGGGCGUCAUGGCAACAUAUGUGGCAGACGAGGUUUUCAUGCAGGUGAAUCGUCAGUUCUUGCUGGACAGUCUGGAGAUGCUGCAAGAUCUGUGCUACGUGGGAACCAAACUGGAACUGGUGGCCCAGAUGCUGCAGGAGAACAGCACCUUUGGGCCAGUGCAGAACUGGACCCUGGAGGUUCUGAUCCAAGUGGGACGGUUCCUGUUCUUCCUGAAAAAGGAGACACUUCAGCUAAUACCCGCGGCGGUGAUGACCCAGGAGCGCAUUGAGAGGCUGUUCAUGAGCCAGCAGCAGUGGGAGGAGAGUGAGUUUGGCGCCCUCUGUAUGCAGAGCAUGGAGGUGCAGGAGCGUCAGGAGCUGUUCAACAAACAGCAGUUUGUCCUGCAGUUCUUCCUGGGGUUCCUCAAAGUGAACAGAGCAUCAGCUGCCCUGGUGCCCAGCUGUGAGAGCCUGCAUGUGACGCGUCCGUCGGCCUGGAGCAUAAACAGCCUGACGGCCAUGACCGCCGCCAGCUUCACCCGCUGCCUGGAGCUCCUGGGCGCAGACCCAUACCUCCCCACCUACCAGCUACAAACCCUCCUGACUAAAGCCAAAGAGGUGUACGGCCCCGCCUCUAGCCUUUCCCCCUCUGUGAUUGGCCAGCUGGGCCGCCUGUCUUCCCAGUUCUCUGUGGAGGAGCUGGGUCGGUUGAACCUGUCAGAGCUGAGGGCUGUCGCCGCCCUGGGGGCCAUCAACACCUGGAGCAGCAGGCAGUUGUCUGUGCUGUUUCUCAGAAUGUUGAACUCCACCAAGCUGACCCCCAGUCAACUGGACUCCAGCUCGCUGGUUGCCCUGGGAUACAUCAUCUGUGGUGCAGAGGCGCCAGUCAUGCGCAACCUUAAUGCUGUGGAGUUCAGCAAGGCAGUGCUGUGGCUGGGUCGCCUGCGACUGCAGUGCUCAGAAGUCCAGCAGAGGGCCCUGGUGGGGUUGCUCAGCCACAGUCUGGCCUUUGGACCCAUCAGCUCCUGGGGAACCGACGUUUUUCUCGAGAUCAGCGGUCUCGCAGUGGGGCUGUCGGACAUGGAGAUGUCGUCUCUGGUGAGGGAGCAGAUCGAGGGCCUCACUCCUCUGGCCGUGUCUCUCAUCCCUCCGGACAGGUUUACUGUCGUGUUCCAGCCUGUGCAGAUAAGCAUGUUCUCCUACGAGCAGGCCGUCGCCGUGACGAAGGCCCAGCUUGCUGCUCUGAGCACAGAGCAACAGACUGCACUCUCUAUGGUCAUAAACCCCUGGGAGGAUAAACCUGUUGACUUUAGAGGGAGGUCGUCGGGGGUGGCAGUUUUCCCGUGCCCUCUGUGUCAACUGGGUGAACUGCUGAUGCUGCUGUCACUACAGCUCCUCUUCACCUCCUGUGCUUAAUACAGCAUGGCGCUCCUUUUCCUCGUCCUUCCUCCUCCUCUUCCUCCCUCAACACGUGCAAUAUCCAAAAAAACAGCACUUUACACUGACUGUCAUAUUCUAGGAAUUAUGUGAUGUUGAGUAUUGUUUGAUUUUAAAAUUUCAGAGCCCGAAUUCAGGAAGCAAAUAACACAAUGAUGAAUGCAAAGCACUGAAAGUUAUUAUUGUUAUUAUGAUAUUAUUAUUAUUAUUGUUGUUAUUAUUAUUAUUAUUAUUAUAAGAAACUUCUCUUGCAAUCAAGUUUAUUUAGUCUACAGUCUACUCAGUGUUUUACCUUGAAACAUAUUGAAGUGUUGUUUCUUUAGUAUCUCUCAGGUAUUUUGUUACAGUCACUUUACUUCUGUAAUUAUGCAGACAUUUUCACAUUGACUGAUAAUGUUUUACUUUCUAGUACCCAGAGCAAUUGCUUAUUUUAUCACUUAUUAGCAUCAUAUAGGCUAGCCUACCAUUUGAUUGUGUUGUGUUCCACAUAUGACUAUUUAUUUAUUUAUGUAUUUAUUUAUCUGAUUUAUUUAUUUUGUAUUUAUGU